GAGCUGCGCGGCUGCGGUGGCGGCGGCGGCGGCGUGCUGUUGGAGGAGUCUGGCGGAGCUCGAGGCGGUGGCGCCAUGGAGUCACUGGAAGAAAAUGGAAGUGUCCAAGUUGGAGAAUUGUUACCUUGCAAGAUUUGUGGAAGAACAUUCUUUCCAGUGGCAUUAAAAAAACAUGGACCUAUUUGCCAGAAAACGGCCUCUAAAAAACGGAAGACUUUUGAUUCAAGCAGACAAAGAGCUGAAGGAACUGAUAUUCCAACAGUAAAACCUCUUAAACCUAGGCCUGAACCACCAAAGAAGCCAUCUAAUUGGAGGAGAAAGCAUGAAGAGUUCAUAGCCACCAUAAGAGCAGCUAAAGGCCUUGGUCAGGCCCUUAAAGAGGGUGGCAGACUUCCUCCCCCUCCUCCACCUUCUUAUGAUCCUGAUUAUAUUCAGUGUCCAUAUUGCCAGAGGAGAUUUAAUGAAAAUGCAGCUGAUAGACAUAUAAAUUUCUGUAAAGAACAGGCAGCACGUAUUAGUAAUAAAGGCAAAUUUUCUACUGAUACCAAAGGAAAAUCGACUUCUCGGACACAGUAUAAGCCUCCUGCACUUAAAAAGUCCAAUUCUCCUGGAGCCACCUCAUCAGGAUCUUCACGAUUACCACAGCCAAGUGGCACUAGCAAAACUGUUGUAGGUGUUCCUUCAGGUAAAGUGUCUUCAGGUAGCAGCUCUUUGGGAAACAAACUUCAGACCUUGUCUCCCUCCCAUAAAGGGAUAGCAGUCCCUCAUGUAGGAGCUAACAUCAAACCUCGAAAUUCCACACCACCUAGUUUGGCUAGAAAUCCUGCCUCAAGUAUGCUUGCAAGCAAAAGAAAAACAUAUACUGAGAGCUACAUGGCCAGCUAUCAUGGAAGUCACAGCAAUUGAGAAGAAAGGAAUUAAGAUGCCCCUCGAAGUCUGAGCAGGAUCUCAAUAGAAUUUGGAAGAACUUUCUAAGCAGUAAGAACAUAAUGACUAAAGAUAUGCAGCCUGCAUUGACAGAGUACUCUACAGACCCGUAGAGUAGACAUGUGUGUUUCUGGAGAAAUAUUUACAGCAGAUUUGAUGAGAUGUCCUUCUUAAACUGGCUGUCAGUGAAAGAAUGGCUUAAAGAAAAGAAGCACUUCUAAUUGUAAUUGAACUGUCUUAAUCCCGAAAGGAAUAUUUCCUUCAGCAGAUCCCUUUAAAGCUUAUUUUAAAAGACUUUUAACGGAGUUCCUUUGUAUAAAGCAAUAUUCCUCAAAGAGUGAUAGGUUAAUGGUUUUUACAUAAAAGUGUUCUGUAGUCAAAUUUUGGAAAUGCUGUGUUAGUGUUAAACUUUUUCUAAAAGAACUUUAUGAGUUUACAGAGUUUUAAAUUACUUACAUGAAUUAUGAGUCUCCAAGAGAAAAUUAUCUGACCUCAGAUAAUUGCCUUGUCUUUACUUACCUUGCUAGUAGCUAGGAAACAUAGAAGGGAAAUACAACCAUAAAAGCCUGGGUAUUUUUUUCCAAGCAUUUGACAAUGACACACCGUGCUGAAUAAAAAUUUUUGAGUGCGAAUUUUCUGUAAAAUUCAAUUCUAUCAUGAACAAAUGAUAAAAAUC